AUGUCGGAUAUGCAGGUUGCGAUCACCUUGCUCCCUGUUGACAACCAGGAAGAUCCGACCCCAGCUUCACGAUACCUUACUCUGUCUGAAGAUAACCCGGUUAUUCCCCUCGGUCGAUCGUCAAAGCGCGAAACCCGAAACCGUGAGCCUGCGAGUGAUAAUGGCUGGUAUGAAUCGCGACACGUCUACAUCUACGACUCUGGCUCAACUCAUGGCACCUGGCUCAACAACCUCAAACUGGUCCAGGAACAGAAGACUCCUCUGCUGAAUGGCGAUAUUCUACGAUUCGGUGUCAACGUAGAUCGCGGCGACGGUAAGCUUCGGGAUUCCCUGGUUUUCAUUCCUUGUGGAGAUAUUCUGACCUCUCUGAUAGAAGAGUUUCCUGCACUGAGUGUCCGCUGUGAGAUUAAAUGGUCCGAGAAGGAGUACGGAUCGACACCCACUUUUGGAUUUCUCGGGAAAUAUUUCACUGACCCCUCUCAAUCCAGCUCCAUCGAAGAAAUCCCAGAGCCCAAAAUCCCAGUACCGAAACCGAUAAGCGUGUUUAACCCGGAGGAUGCUCCCCGUCCAACCUCAUCCAGCAACACGUUCUGUGUACCGGAGGAUGACAGCGAUAUCGAGGAAGUCCCAGUCAAGAACGUGACUGUCACUGGGUUUGAUGGAGCGAGAGCUUCAAAUAUUGCCCCUACUAUCCGAGCUGCCCCUAAGCUGCACGAUAUUAUCAACUUGGACGAUGACCAGGAGGCCCACCCGAAGCAUCAGCAUCAAACCGAUCCACCCAAGCAAUUUUCUGUUUGGGACUCUGGGCCAGGGGAUGCCUAUGCAGAGCAGGAGUCGGACCAUGAAUAUGUACUUUCCGAAUAUUCUGAUGAGGAAUCGGAUCUGGAGUCUUCCAAAUCUACUUCAUCUCAUACAAGUGAGGGUGAGGUUGUCACGAAAGAAUUCAAAUUCGUUGAACGAUCCGAAAGCCCGGAAGACGCCAUCUCAGACGAGGAUCCUGAUCUUAGCGACAAUGAUAAGGAAGAGUGCAUUGAUCCAAGGGUGCUGGCUCAAAAGAAUAGCCUAGAGCCCCCUCUCUCCGACAAGUCCGAGAACGCAUGGAUGGCUCAAAAGGCGGCGCAGCCCAUCAGUCCGAUCAAGCCUUUCAACACUCGUCUCCCCCACCCGCAUAUCCCUAUGCCCCAUAUGGCAGGAGCUACAGUCCUCCAGCUCCUACGGAAGCCGGAAACCUAG